GGCCGUUCUGAGCAUCUGGGGUCCUGGCCUAUUUCCGGUAGGGUCGGUGGACGCGGCGGUUGAGGCCGUGCGGGACCGGCGUUGUCUACUGAGCUUUUCCAGGCGUGAGCAGACAUGGCGGCGGCUUUUCGGAAGGCGGCUAAAUCCCGGCAGCGGGAACACCGAGAGCGAAGCCAGCCCGGCUUUCGAAAACAUCUGGGCCUGUUGGAGAAAAAGAAAGAUUACAAACUUCGUGCAGAUGACUACCGGAAAAAGCAGGAAUACCUCAGAGCUCUCCGGAAGAAGGCUCUUGAAAAAAAUCCAGAUGAAUUCUACUAUAAAAUGACUCGGGUUAAACUCCAGGAUGGAGUUCACGUUAUUAAGGAGACUAAGGAAGAAGUAACUCCAGAACAACUGAAACUGAUGAGAACCCAGGAUGUCAAAUACAUAGAAAUGAAAAGGGUUGCAGAAGCUAAGAAAAUUGAAAGACUAAAAUCAGAGCUCCAUCUGCUGGAUAUCCAGGGGAAGCAGCAGAAUAAGCAUGUAUUUUUUUUUGACACCAAAAAGGAAGUUGAGCAGUUUGAUGUUGCCACUCACCUGCGAACAGCCCCGGAACUAGUUGACAGAGUCUUUAACAGACCCACAAUAGAGACUUUGCAGAAGGAGAAAGUGAAGGGGGUUACCCAGCCGACUCGACUGAAGAGGAUAGCUAAAGAAAGGCAAAAGCAGUAUAACUGCCUGACACAGCGGAUUGAACGUGAGAAGAAAUUGUUUGUUAUUGCACAGAAAAUUCAAACACGCAAAGAUCUUCUGGAUAAAACUCAGAAGGUGAAGGUGAAGAAACAAACAGUGAACUCUCCAGCUAUUUACAAAUUCCAGAGUCGUCGAAAACGUUGAAGUGGUGUAGAUAAGCUUUGUCAUUCCACAUGGAAAAUAAUUGUUUUUUUUCCCCAGUAACUUCACAUUCCAUUAGUCUGAACGACAUGGUUUUUUUCUGUUUGUAACUUUAAUUUAUUAUAGAUCUGGCAUUUGAUAUCUUUCUGUGAACAACAUUAAAGCCCCUUCCCUUGUCUUACUGUU